AUGGAUUUUAAUCCAUUUACUGAGUCUUCAAACUUUGUUGAACUGCUUAGCAGUCAACAAAAUGCUGUCUUUGGUAACGUAUCAGAUAGUGUUUCACUAUCUUCAUCGCAAGUUCCCUUCUUAGGCAGUCAAGACACCGAUGAUUCAAACUUUGGUGAAGACACUCAAGCCAAUCGUAAAGAAAGAAGUACGUGGACGCCAACAAACGAUGUAGUGCUCAUCAGCUCGUGGUUAAACACGAGCAAAGAUCCAGUAGUAGGGAAUGAGCAAAGGUCUCUUGCUUUCUGGAAAAACAUUGUUGCGUACUUCUCGGCUAGUCCAAAGCUUGCUGGCUGUGAAAAGAGAGAGGCAUCUCACUCCCAUGAAAUCUUCUUCUACAACCAUAAAAAAAAGUUCACUCUUGAGCAUGAUUGGAAAGAGUUGCGUAAUGACCAGAAGUGGUAUGAGCUGUCUACGGCUAAAAAUGAUGGAAGCUCCAAGAAGAAGAAGUGUGAGGAUGGUUCACAUUCAACAAGCUCUAAAGCAGUUGAAGAAGAUUAUGCUCUUGAUGAUGAAGGAACAAAUCGUCCCCCGGGUGUUAAGGUAGCAAAAGCCCGUUCUAAGAAGACAGUGGUUGAUGGGAAGGAGCUGUCUGAGUUUCAGACAAUGUGGAGCAUCAAGAAGCAAGAUUCGGCUUUAAAAGAAAGGUUGUACAAGAUGAAGCUAUUUGACAGUUUCAUUGCUAAACAAGAACCUCUAGCGGAUUAUGAAGAAGCUUUGAAGAAGAAACUCAUUGAUGAGUUGAUGUCUAAGUAG